AAAGAGGCAACGCGGUGCUGGGAGUGUUGUACCAGGGCGUUAAGGGGAAGAUGGUUAAGCAAACGAUCCAGAUCUUCGCGAGGGUGAAGCCCACCAGCCGGAAACAACCUCAAGGGAUUUAUUCUAUAGAUGAAGAUGAAAAAUCAGUAGCUGCAUUGGAAAUUAUCUUACCACGUGAUUUAGCAGAAGGAUUUGUGAAUAAUAAAAGAGAAAGCUACAAAUUUAAAUUUCAGAGAAUUUUUGAUCAGGAGUCAAAACAAGACACCAUUUUUGAAAUAAUUGCCAAACCUGUUGCUGAAAGUGUUCUGGCUGGCUAUAAUGGCACCAUCUUUGCAUAUGGACAAACCGGUAGUGGCAAGACUUUCACAAUCACUGGGGGAGCUGAGCGUUACAGUGAUAGAGGCAUCAUUCCAAGAACCUUAUCAUACAUUUUUGAGCAAUUACAAAAGGACAGCAGAAAAAUGUAUACAACCCACGUUUCCUACUUGGAAAUCUACAAUGAAUGUGGUUAUGAUCUGUUGGAUCCAAGACAUGAAGCCUCCAGUUUGGAAGAUUUGCCGAAGGUGACAAUAUUGGAGGACCCGGAUCAAAACAUUCACCUGAAAAAUCUAUCUCUUCAGCAGGCAACCACUGAGGAAGAAGCUUUGAAUCUUCUCUUCUUAGGAGAUACCAAUAGAAUGAUUGCAGAGACUCCUAUGAAUCAAGCCUCAACUCGUUCCCAUUGUAUUUUCACGGUUCAUAUCUCAAGCAAGGAACCAGGGUCUGCAACCGUCCGUCGUGCCAAACUCCAUUUGGUUGACCUGGCUGGUUCAGAGAGGGUUGCAAAGACUGGAGUUGGAGGCCAGCUUCUGACAGAAGCCAAAUAUAUCAACCUUUCCCUGCACUACUUAGAACAGGUUAUAAUUGCCCUUGCAGAGAAACACCGAUCCCAUAUUCCCUAUAGGAACUCCAUGAUGACCAGCGUACUGAGGGACAGCUUGGGAGGAAACUGCAUGACAACCAUGAUUGCCACACUUUCAUUAGAAAAAAGGAAUAUAGAUGAAUCUAUAUCAACUUGCAGAUUUGCCCAACGAGUGGCCCUCAUAAAGAAUGAAGCUGUUCUCAAUGAAGAGAUUGAUCCUAGACUGGUUAUUAUACGUUUGAGAAAAGAAAUCCAGGAAUUGAAGGAUGAACUAGCCUUUGUCACUGGGGAGCAGAGAACAGACCAGCUCACACAAAUGGAGCUUGAUAAAUUAGAGGAACAAAUUGCAUCCUUUUUAGAAGAUCAAGAUCCCGAGAGUAGGCUAGAUGUGGGAUCUGACAUGCGUAAAAUCCACUACUGCUUCUAUCGUUUAAAGAAAUUAUUAAAUGAAAGAAAGAUUCCUGAAAAAAAUGAAUUCUCCCAUGAAAUCAAAGACAAAGACCAAGAAGGUGAUAUGCCAUUAAAGGAGGAAGAAUUUAAAAAACUAAGAGACGUCCUGAAGCAGCGAGACAAUGAAAUUAAUAUUCUGGUAAAUAUGCUUAAAAAGGAAAAGAAGAAAGUCCAGGAUGUAUUCAAUCUACAGAAUAUGAACAGGGGAGGAACGAGGCUUUCAUUGAGCUCUUCCCCCUUAUGUGGAGGUCCAGGGGAUGACUCUUCAAAAGCAUCAGUAUCAAGCAUAGCAAAACAGACUCACGAGGGCAGUUCUUUGGACUACAGAUCUGGUUUUCACCGCAGGAAAACAGUAAAGAAAGAAGAGAUGUCAUUGGGACGCCAGGAGGCUUUUGAAAUCUUCAAGCAGGAUCAUGCUGAUAAUGUUACAAUCGAAGACAACAAACAGGUUUUGAGACAGAGAUUUUCUGAAGCAAAGGCCUUAGGAGAAAGUAUAAAUGAAGUAAGAAGUAAAAUUGGUCAUCUAAAAGAAGAAAUUAACCAACGGCAGAUACAGAGAGUUGCUUUAAGUAUUACAGAUAAUGCAAUUGGAGACCAGGAAUUAGACCCAGUGGAAGAGAAGUUACGUUCAAAAAUGGAAGAAGAAAAAAAAAGUUACAAAAAUAUGUUCACUCGCCUGAAAGGCCUAAAGGUUGAAAUCGAGCACCUGCAGCUGUUAAUGGAGAAAGCCAAGGUGAAACUGAAAAAGGAGUUUGAAGUUUGGUGGAUAGAAGAGGCAGCAAAUCUACAGCGGUCCAGAAACAGACUGAGAUGCUGCAGAAGAUACAGGUCUUCAAGAAAGAAUGGAAAGAAAAAAUCCAUGCCAUCAAAUUCUCCCCGGACGCCAGAAUCCCCAAAACAGCAGCAAUCGCAGUCACAUCUCUCCAAUAAAAGUGAACUGAUAUCCAGAAAAAUUAUGCCUUCCCCUCCCCCUCUAUCGAAACUCCAAAGAAACAGAUUUAACAACCCUAAUGUGGAAGAAAGUGGCAGUGAUCUGAUUCCCAAUAUGAAAGUGACUUCUUCUCCCCCUCCAUCAAGAACCGAGCCAAAACAACCAAGCAGCCCACCAAACAGCCCCCGUCUGGAAGGAAGAGGGAGGGAGCCAGGAAGAAGGAAGUCUCUAAAAUCCUCAACUUCCAAGCCUCCAAGACACAGAACUAAAGCUUCCAUCUCUCCAGCACGGGAACAUUCAGGCCCCAGCAUGACCCAGGGAAAAUGGUCUUUCGGAGUCGCUGACGUGCCAAAGCCACCACCGAAUACUCCACAAAUGCCAGUGACUCUCCAUUCUUCCUCAUCUGUAAAAUGGGGACAUCUCCCUCCCAGGAUGGUUAGUCCUAGGGAACUCUUCUUCAGCCAUCCCUUUCACUGGAGACAGCCAGACAGACACCGAUAUCCUAGCAUUUAUCAAGGCCAGGCAAAACUUACUGCAGAAAAAAGUAAUAGGAAGAUAAGAAGAUGUGAUGGUUGAAAGAUAAAAUGACUGAAGAAACAAAGGUUUGGCAAACAACUGAAUUUAUAAUACCAGCCCUGCAGCCCAGCUGAAAGGCAAGGACAAAGUACAGAUAAAACUUCUUCUUUCAUCCUUUCUUUGGAUGUGCUGCCUAAAUGGCUGGAACAACAUGUGACUUGAGCACUAAUGGAAAGCCUUGUGUUUCUGUAAGGAUGGUGUCCCAGAGACACUCAGGAAUGGUGGGACAUGCUGAGGUGGGGGGCAGGAAGUAGAGAGACAGACCCAAAUGGAAGGUGAAAUCUUUGCACUGUAUGUUACUCGUGGUUGUAAGUUUAAUGCCCUUUCGUGCUAGGGCUAUUGGCUUUGGCACCAGCAAGGUGGCUGAGUUUGGGAGUGUUUUGUGUUUGUUUUGUAUUUUUAAAAUAAUUUCCCUUAUUUUUAAAAUAAUGUGGGGUCACAAGGGUGGUCUUACUUUUGGGAUAACUUGGAUACUUUGAGAUUACAAAUAGCAGUUUUCCAAGAUGGAGCUAGGAGAUUUGUGCUCCACUCCCCUCUUUCCCCCAACCCAUUCUCACUAAAUCUAGGCCUAUCAAAUAAUAAAGGGAAAUAAAAAGCUUCUAUCCCAGAAUGAAAGGGCAAUAGCUUAGACUGGAUCCAAGAAGAGGAGAACCAAAUUGUCUCCUGAACAAGAGAUAUUUUGAUGGUUAAUCCUGAUAACUUAGACCAAAUUGUCUGCCAUUACCUGAGUAAUACCCAGCUUCAAUGGGGCACAAAGUCACAAAGUCAUUCACUCAGCUGGAAUGGAGACAUUUGGGAGUAGAUGAAAAGGACAAAAAUCGUGGUAGAGUUUUGGGUAGAUAGUCCAAAAUUCAGGGGAUCUUGACAUAAAUGUCUGUGAUUCUGUUUCCUUGUGACCCAGGAAGAACUACUGCCUCUUUCAUAUCAUUCCUCAUUCAGCCAUGAUAGGGACAACCUAAGAACCUAGAACAUUUUAGUUUUUCAGUACAUAAGGCAGAGAAAUAGUGGUACAAGGCCAGUGGUUAGAUGGUCUGUUUAGGUCCUAGCCUGGCUAGAGUCCUUUGAAAACUGAAAAUGGGGAGCCUUAGGAAACUGAAACAAAUUAGGAGCACCUGAUGAUGCCACAAAUUGAAUAAAAGAAAUUGCCCACUGUCUUUGCAAUUUCUGUCUGAUAUGGAUAAAGACUGAAAACUUUGGAAGGAAAAUGUAAAAUGGGCCCUUUUCCCCUCCAGGACUAGGGCAAAAUGGUUUGCAUAUGAAAAUAUAAUUUUAAAACUGAGAAGAAUCUAGGAGAUCACUUAAUCCAACUCCCACUAUUUAAAUAUAAGUAAAUAAAAGUCCAUCGAGGGGAAAGGACUUGCCUGUAGCCAGCCACCUACAAAUGAACAGGACCAGGACAAGAACCUUUGCCUCCCUAGUUCUGGACCACUAUUCUCCCCACCACAUCACACUGAUUCAGUCCUUAAACCUGACUGGUCUGAAAAGACCUAAAACAGUUUAUGUUCGUGAAUACAUGUACCUCACAAGAGUAAGACCUGAAAUGGGUUUGGAAGUGUCCAUGAAAUGUCAUGAAAUCAACAGCUGUCCCAGGGAAAGGACCAGAUAUGACAGAAGGCUGUGUACACUGGAGCUAGUUAGGUACUAUUGAUUCCAAGUCUCCAGCUGGAGGCAGUUAUCCUCUGGAUUCAAAGGCCUUGUUUGCAGGGAAGUAUGGGGCAGCCCCAUGAAGCCAGCCAGGCUGGGGCAAAGCCAAAGAGGGGAAAUGAGGAAAGGAAGACAAAUUGGGGAAGUUUUAUCUUUUAAAGGGGUAUUUGCAGCAAUUGGAUGGUUGUCAUGUGAUGGUUUUAGACAAAGCACCACCUCUAAACCAUCCUGCCUUGACACAGGGCCUUUAGCACAGAAUCAUGCUUAGAUAACUUGCCUGGGAAUCCCCAAGGCAGCAGAAACAGUGCUCUGAAAAGACUUUUCUCAGAUUUUUUAAAGGCCAAUUUCUAGCAAAUUUUUGGUUUGGGUGUUUUGGUUGCUGGUUUUGUUUGGUUUUGUUUUUUUGAUGUGUGAAAAGAUCUUUUUAAAACUUUUGUGCCUUCUAGAUUUGGAGGCAAACUAAAUUUCAGGUGGAAAUUCUAUUCACCCAUAUCAAACUGUCUCCUUGAAGUCAAAGAAAGCCAGCAAUGAGCUCUCUGUGUUCCUGAAGGUAAAAACAGAGCUUUAAGAAAGGCAAUGUCUAUAUAAAAACAGUGACAGUGAUUCUCAAAGUGGACCAUUCACAAAAUGUCCUGCCACCCUGGAAGAAAUCAGCCUUCUCUCUUUUUUCAUAAAUUAUCAAAGAAGGUCAAAACUGGAAGGGACCUGAGAUGCUAUCUAGAAAGACUCUUCGUUGGACAAAAGAGAAAACUGAUGCUCAAAGACAGGAUAUGCUUUGUACAUAGUAAUCACUUAAUAAAUAUUGAAGUGACCCAACUAAUAUUACACAGUCCUAACAGGGUUAGGACUAGAUUCUAAGAAUAUAGCUGACUUCAUCUAAUGUUCUUUCCAGUGCACCACUGCUCAUUUAGAUAUGAUAAAGAAGACUGUGGAGGGGAGGGUGUUAAAUAAACAUAAGUAUUUUAAAAGUUUA